AAUCUGAACUUCAAACUGGUAAAGCCACAGCCUCGGAUUUCAAGGACUGGACAAAAGGAUUACAUUCAGACAAGAUUGAGUCUUUCAAAACAAACUCUAAGCCAAUCGAAGAUGGAAUGGUAGGUCAUAAAUUUAGUAGCUAUAGUAAAGAAACUGGAUCAAAACAUGUAAAAGUACAAACGAAAAAUGUCCUAGCUGCUUCAAGUACAGAUUCAGAAGAGAUAGGAAUAUACAACCCUUUAAAGACUGGAGGUGAUUUUUAUGGAAACACGGAUGACAAGGGGAAAAGACAGGGCAAACUUCCAUGGCUGGAGCUCAAUGACGGGAAUAAAAAAGGCAGCCUAGUGCACGAGGCUCCCGCCACUGCACAUGACUGGAAUGCCCAUAAGAAAUUUAGCUUCCUGAGGGAAGAAUUCCUGAAAAGCCGACUUCCCAAUGUAGCAAAAGAUGAAAAUAACUCAGAUGAGAAUAGAGAUGGGCUCAACUAUCAUUCUCCCAAGGAUGGGCAAUAUUCAAACAGAGGCAGAAAGCCAGUUUCUAUUAGGACUAGAAGAACACGUUGGCACUGA